AUGACGAUCAAAUCGCGCUUCUUGCUGUCCGGCAAGGCUGUCUCUGAUGGCAGGGCCGUACCUCUUAUACCAAUAGGCGAAUGUGUGACCUACCUCUCCGUCAGACACGAACAUCUACAUGUCUUUACUCACCUGGUUGUACUUAUCCUUGCUGAUUCCCUGGACGGCGGUCUUUUGAAUUUCGGAGGAAAGCCUGGUGCGGUAGCGCCAGGAAAGAAGGGGUUGCAGGAAUCAUCCGAAACGGAAAAGACGAUCUGUGCUCAUAAUGCACGUACGCUUGCAUCGAAAGCAGCCAUUGUACAUUUGGUGAUGCGAGCCAAAAAGGCUAAACAUGACGACAUCGGACCGACCGAGACGAGACGACGCCGCCCACUAAACGCCGUACACGAAACGAGAACUGUUCUUAGGAACGUACAACAGAAGAAGAGUUGGAGGAGGCGGUGCCCCAGUCAGCACGUGUAUAGCAAUAAAAAUCGGCUGUUUCGAACAACUAACGACCCAAAUAGGAUGCUUACGGAAGAGAAGAUGCAGAUCUGUGCUAGUUUUAACCGUAUUCGUCGCUCACACUCCAACAUCGCACUAGGAAGAAGUCAAACCUUUUUUUUUAUGGACCUAGACAAGUUCUACGGAGAAGACAAUAUCUUCUACAACGUCACUCUUAGCGACUUCAACGUCAAAAUUGGUCCCAGAAGGACGCCUGAAGAACAUCGCAUUGGAACUUAA